UGCGUGGGAUUCGCGGAGCAAAUGGAACCUGCCCCACCUGGGAGGCGAGGCCUGCGAUUCUCGAUUCUCGAUUCUCGAAGGGGCACACACAUGCUCGCCUUCGUUCCCCUUCGUGCCGCUAAGACAUCGGGAUCUCCUUCACCGUGGUCCUCAAACGAGCCUCGCUCUCCGCCAGGACAAACAAACUCAAGAAGCUCGAGAAGCAAAAAGGCAGAGAGAGAAGCAAAAUGAGGAUAACUUGCUUACUCUUUGGCCUCUCGUUGCUGUUGGCUUACGUGAACUCCAGUCCUAUCGUGAAGAGGGAAACGGAGCCCGUGGAGCUCAAUCCAUUGAACGAGAUAUACGUAGUGGAGGCCGAGGAUGAUCUCCGAGGGGACGAGGAGAGGGCCGACAGGGACAAGAGGAAGAUCGCUGUGGCGAAGCUGGGUGUAUCCAACGGCAUAAUCAACUUCGUCUUCAACAAGCUGGAUUCUUUGAUCGACGCGAAGACGAAAGCUCUCACCGACCUGGACGAGACGAACAAAAUAAAGAACAAGGCUUACGGAAUCGAUGUGAACAAGUCGGCAACCAGCAAGUUCAUCGGCGAGCUGGUGAACGCGAAAAUUCAAUCCGCGACAGGAAGUAUCGGGCCGGUGGUGAGCACGGCCCAAAACUUCUUCUCGAACACGAAGAGCGGAUUGACGAACGCGUUCGUCUCGAAGUUGGCCCCCCUCAGCUCCAUCGCCACCGGUUUGAGCUCUCCACCCUCCAAUGGGGACAACAAGGAGAAUCUCGAUACCAAAGCGUCGAACGCGUUCAACUUUCUAGGAAACAUUUUGAACGCCCAGCUUGGCGCGUUGUCGAACUCGAAGGGUCUUUCUAGCGAUUCAAGUUUAUCCGAAGGGAUCUCGACCACGACGGAGGAUAUCCCCGAAUUCGAUAGAACGAAGGUGAACUUGGACAUACCCCCAGUCGUGUUCGGUAGCGGUUUCACCACUAUCACAAAUAUCAGCAAAAUCCUGAGCAACGUGAUCACCAACUCGGCCCGUCGAACGCAAACGUUGCUAGAGGUGUUCAAACCGUUCUUCCGUGGAGUUUUCGCAAUCAAAGGCCUUCCUUCGGAUAAUCACUAGAAGAUGGUCCACUGGAGAAGGAUCAUUGCGGUGCUAGGAUCGACUGCCAUUUCACCGAGGAUUUCCAUCAAGAGUCUCCUCCUGUUUCGAGGGUGCUGAGGAGGAAU